AAAGUUAUAGUCCAUGGUCAAAUGAAUAUUGUGUAACAAUCUACUAGAAUUUGAAAACAAAAUCUCAGAAACAUUUGAAAAAAUGUAACCUCAAUUUUGUAAUAAUUAAAAAUACAUUCCAUCCUAUGUGGCAUUUCUAAAUGUCUUCUAAAUCAUGUUUCUAAGAAUUUUAGAGCACCUAAUAUAAACCAUAGUUUAAUAUAAGGUUGUCACAUAUUUUUAUAAUAUAAUGUUAUCUAUUCUUUCUUUAAACGAAACCUACGAAAUUACCUAAUGUGAUUAAAAUAUAUAUAGCAAUUAAUGAUUUAAAAAAAUAAAGAUUUGAUAACAAUCUGUAUACCUUUUAUCAUUUUUGUUUAUUUCUUUAUUAUUAAAAUAAAUAACACAAUUACAUUAAUCAAAUAAAAAAAUUUAUAUAUUUUUGUAUAUAUUGUAUUUUGAAUUUUUUCAAAACGAGUAUAAAUUAAUAAAACUGUUUAAAGUCUCACAUAAACUUUUGUGAUCAAGGUUUGAAUUUUUUUUCUAUAUUAAGAUAUAAUGAUUAUAAGACCAUAUGAAUAAAUAAUUUUAUUUUAAUAGGUUUUUAUGUUAAUAUAUAUAUAUAUAUAUAUUUCAUAUCAUUUAAAUUAAACUAUACAUCAUAUGAAAAUACAUACUUAUAUUUUGAUAUUUGCAUUGAACAUAUAUUGAAAACUUAAUAUUUUAAUUUUGAAAUUUUCAUUUUUUAAAUGAUUAUAAAAUUUUGAAACUAUUAAACAUCCCACAUAAAAAAAAUCGCCGGUGUAAAAUUUUGUCACACAAAUAUGCAAAUAAUCAUAAAAUCAUAUAAGUAUAAAUCUCAUUUAAUAAAUAUUCAUAUUAAAAGUAUACUAUAUAUCCAUGUUAAUAUCAUUUAAAUUUAAUUAUUAUAUCAUAUAUGAUAGAUAAGAUUGAUUGUUAUGAUUUAUUUACCUUAAAAUAGUUGCGAAUAAACAAAAAUGAUCGUUUGAUUUAUAUACACACGCUAAUUUAUUAUAUAAUAGUAACCGAUUUCUUAGUUAUUUAGUAUAUAUACUUAUUAUUUUAUUAUUUCAUAAUAUGCAGAAAACAUAAAAUAAGUAAUAAAUAUAAAAUAUUUAUUCUGCAAAAGGUGCGGAUCUUAAUCUAUAUAUGUAUCUCUUUAAUAAUUUUAAAUUUUAAACAUUUUCUAAAUCUCAGACCAAAACAAACAAACGAAAUGAGAAUAAACUCUAAAAUCAAUAUUUAUAUCGAGCAAUAACCAAAAAAAAAUUGAAGAUAUAUAGGAUUGGCACGUGAACGUAAACUUCUCACGACCAUAAUUAAUUUUUAAAUUUCUAAAUCAUGAUAUAAAAUUGAACUUGCAUAUUUUCAUUGUAACCAAAUAGUAGACUUGAAAUUCUUCGGCCUAAACGUUAAGAACGUUUUUAUGCAAUAAAUAAUUUUUUGACCUAAAAUAUUUUUUAAAAAUAGGAUCAGCUCAUCUGAAUAUAAAUUAUUUAAUUAACAAAAAGUUAAAAAAAAAAAUUAAGAACCAAAAUAUUAAUUCGAUCAAGAAUAUAAAUUUAUUUUCUAUACAAUAUUUCCUAAAUAAUUUUCAUUUAAAGAUUCCACUAUUGUGUUGUGUUUCACGAAAGAGGAAAGUGGAAAGAAAGAAAGAAAUCUUGGUAAUCAAGCGUGACCAACUCUUCUUCUUAAAUGGUGGAGACUUUUUUCUUAUAAUUAUUUUCUAAUUCAUCAAAAUCAGUAUCUAAGGUUUGUUUUAUCUGGUGGGGUCUAGAAGAAUAUACAAUGUCUCAGCUUCUCUUCCGUCUCUCCAAACUAUCAUCUCGCAACAACAAUAUGAUACACGAGAGCGCUCGUUUGUUCUCAACCAGCCCGUAUCUGACACUUGGCACUAGGGUCAAGGAAGUUCUGCCCGGUGGCUGCAAAAUUGCAGACGUUCUCUUGUUCGACCCUGCUGAAGAAGAGUUAGUCACGGUCCCCGACAAAACAGUUCCCAAAGAGCUCAUGGACGAAGAAAUGGUCGGUGCUUCCCAUGGAUGGGGUGUUUUCUGUGCUCGGCACGAUCGUUCCGUACGCAUCAGCGACUUAUACAAUCCAUUGGCAUCCAAAUCAAACCCCACCAUGAUUACUCUGCCUCGGCUUACUGCUCUGUCCUCUAACUACUGCAACGUGGCGAUGACCUCUUCCCCUCACCUUGAAGACUGUGUAGUGGCUAUCAAGUUCGUCGGUGACCAUCUGAGUCUGUGCAGGCCCGGUCGUGACCUUGAGUGGACUAACAUCUUGACCCCUCCUAGCUGCUUGGAAAACUCAAAUCUUAUGUAUUCCAAAAGAGACCAAAAGUUCUACUUGCCUGCUCCUGGAGGUAAAUACUUGUUCUCCUAUCAUCUCCACUCCAAGGAAGAAGAUUUCCCUGAGGUCCAAGAGGUGGUCUACCGUGGCCACCCAGAGUUGGAUCAGUCGGAAUGGGAGCUUUUGAGUUCAUGUACCAGGACGGAGCAUCUUGUGGAGUCACCCUUUAGUGAUGAACGUUUCCUAGUCAAAUGGUACGCACAUGGCUUCUACUCGUCCGUGUUGGAAAGAAUUGACCACAUAACAAAGAGGUUUAUGGUGUUUAGAGAGGAGGAGACGACACAAGGAAGCAUCAUGUGUUACACUGAGGACAUUGGAGACAUGUGCAUUUUCCUUGCAAACAGCGAGGCUUUCUGCGUCCCCGCUAGCUCCUGCACCGGCCUCAAACCCAACUCCAUAUAUCAUAUGGGACGUGGCUUAGGUUUUUACGAUCUCACUACUGGAAACCCACAUCAGUACCUAGCUCCUGAUGGUGUACCCACGCUAUCUUACUGGCUUCCUCCCUUCUCUACCUAGAGGUAGUUGUAGUAAUGGUGGCUAUUCUUGUGUUUAAUUGUUAGUUACUAUUGACAAGUUUGGAUUGCUUUAGAUAAUGUGACUGUUGUUUUCAGUGCAAUUUCUAUACUGAUGACAUAUCUUUGAUGAUGGGCAGCUUAUAUAUAUAGUUAUAUAUAUAUUAUAUUAAUUUGUCCAA